AUGGGGCUGAGGCUUCCCCUCCUGGUGGCGGCGCUGGCCAGCUGCGCGCCUUCUGCCUCCGGCUGUCUCAUCUGUGAUCCGAGGGUGGAGGCGGAGAUAAAGUUCUUGACGUCAGAGUACCUGCCUACACGCAUGAGUUCAAAGGCAGUGAAAUCAUUUAUGGAUAAGUUCACAAAGGAAGUGAAGUCUUUCAGCCAAGUGCGCCUCCCGGAUGGCCCCUAUCUGGGGAUCCUUGAUGAGUUCUUCGAAAAAGACAUCUUUGGGAUGUUGAACCAGGCAAAGCUGAACUUUGCCAACAUGACGGCUGAGUUCCAAAGCAAAGGUACCAUGUUGCAGGCUGUGACCCAGUGCAGUAAGUGCGAGAAGGAGAUUCGCACUUGCGAAAAGAAAGAUUUAAUCUGCGCGGAUCGCACCAUGAACGUUCAUGAGACAGACGACUUGAACUUGGACUGUGAGAUGAACUGGCAUAAACUUUCUCAAGGCCUGACGCUUUACAGAUUUUUUAAGGUUUGGCCAAACAACACUGAGACCCUGGAGUCCCAGGGGAAACACUCGGUUCUGACCAAGUACUGGGUGGAGCCGCAGGAUGCAGGCACUUACCGCUGCGAGCUGGGCCUGGUACAAAACCGCACGGCCUCAGUCAUGUUCUUUCGCGUCCACGUGUUGCCCAGCAAAGUCAAUGUGGAACAUCCAGUAAACGUCGAAUUCACAGACUCGGAGUACUGGGAAAAUGAGGAGGUUGAUCAAGGCCCCUUCCAGGAGGAGGGUCCCCAGCAGCCGUCCAGCGCCAACACCACCACCGACGUCCAGAUCCCGCCGUUGUCUCAGUCUCCGAGGCAUAUUCUGAGAAGCCGUUUGCUAGGGCUGCUGGGCUGGAGCGCUAUGGCCUUGGUCGCCAGCAUUGCCAUCGCGAUACUUUACUUUCACUCUGGGAAGGUGAGCCAUUUCAUAAAGGCUUCCCUUUUUGGUGGUGACAGUGGCCAUAAGAAGAAACAUGAGGUUUCAAAGAAAAAGAAAAAG